GAUGAGGUCGUUUUGUCGCUGGCAGUUUGAACGCAGUGUGAGUCUCACGCUCUACUACCGACUGAGCUAGCCGGACACCGGCGCACUGGACAAAUAUUAAUCGUACCCUUUUCUUGUAACUACUUUCCACCAUUGCUUUUACAUUUCUGGGCAGGCGCUAGGACCGGGGCGGUGCCACAAAGAGGCUUAUCGCUGUGUCGAUGUGCGGUGAUCUGGACCACUCAUAGUCCAUGUAUGUGAGCUAGCCUAGCGUUACCAGCAGCCCAACGCUCGAGAAACACGCUCAUUUUCAGGCGAGUCCAUCCAACGGUACAUUUCGUCGGGGCAGCUUUCUCUUCUUCCGCUCGAUUGCAGUCGGUCUUUAAGUUGAAGGUCAAGGUGGAGGCCGUUAUUUGAUGUGAAAGGGUGUAGAUCUGUGUCUGUGGCGACCGAAGGAGAGAGACUCUUACUAUACAAGAUGGAGUGUCAAUGGAAACCCGACGAGCAGGGACUUCACCAGAUCUUACAGCUGCUCAAGGAAUCACAGUCCCCUGACACAUCCACGCAACGAUCCGUCCAACAAAAACUUGAGCAGCUCAAUCAGUACCCAGACUUCAACAACUACUUGAUAUUUGUGCUCACAAAGCUAAAGACAGAAGAUGAGCCCACUCGCUCUCUCAGUGGGCUCAUUCUGAAGAACAACGUGAAGGCCCAUUAUCAGAACUUCCCAAAUGGUGUCUCUGACUUCAUCAAAAAUGAAUGUCUGCAGAACAUUGGAGACUCCUCACCACUCAUUAGAGCCACAGUGGGUAUUCUGAUCACAACUAUAGCCUCUAAAGGGGAGUUACAGAACUGGCCAGAGCUUCUGCCUAAACUCUGUUUACUGUUGGACUCGGAGGACUAUAACACUUGUGAAGGGGCUUUUGGAGCUCUGCAAAAGAUCUGUGAAGACUCUGCCGAGAUCCUAGACAGCGACAUGCUGGACCGUCCGCUCAAUGUUAUGAUCCCAAAGUUCCUGCAGUACUUCAAGCACAGCAGCCCCAAGAUCAGAUCUCAUGCAAUUGCCUGUGUGAAUCAGUUCAUCAUCAGCAGAACACAAGCCUUGAUGCUACACAUAGAUCCCUUCAUUGAGAACCUUUUUGCACUGGCUGCGGAUGAGGAGCCAGAAGUGAGGAAGAACGUGUGCAGAGCUUUAGUCAUGCUUUUAGAAGUCAGACUAGACCGUCUCCUUCCUCACAUGCACAACAUCAUUGAGUACAUGUUGCAGAGGACGCAGGACCAGGAUGAAAAUGUUGCUCUGGAGGCCUGUGAGUUUUGGCUUACACUCGCUGAGCAACCUGUGUGUAAGGAGGUUCUGUGUGGACACUUAUCCAAGCUGACACCAGUUCUUGUCAAUGGAAUGAAAUACUCUGAGAUUGACAUAAUCCUAUUGAAGGGUGAUGUUGAGGAGGAUGAAGCUAUCCCGGACAACGAGCAGGACAUUCGUCCAAGGUUCCAUCGCUCACGCACAGUUGCUCAACAACACGAGGGUGGAGACUCCAUCGCGGAGGAUGAGGACGAUGAUGAUGAUUUGGAUGAUGAUGAAACCAUCUCAGAUUGGAAUUUAAGGAAAUGUUCUGCAGCUGCAUUGGAUAUCCUAGCGAAUGUUUUCAGAGAUGAUCUUCUAUUGCAUACUCUUCCACUACUGAAAGAACUUCUGUUCCAUCCAGAGUGGCUUGUCAAAGAGUCUGGCAUACUUGUACUGGGAGCCAUUGCUGAAGGCUGUAUGCAGGGAAUGAUCCCCUACUUGCCUGAGUUGAUUCCUCAUCUGGUACAGUGCCUGUCUGAUAAGAAGGCGCUGGUUCGUUCCAUUACCUGCUGGACUCUAAGCCGUUACGCACAUUGGGUUGUGAGCCAGCCCCCCGACACCUACCUCAAACCCCUCAUGACUGAACUGCUCAAACGUAUACUGGACAGCAAUAAGCGCGUCCAAGAGGCUGCCUGCAGCGCCUUUGCUACCCUUGAGGAAGAGGCAUGCACUGAGCUGGUGCCGUAUCUUGCAUAUAUUUUGGACACAUUGGUCUUUGCUUUCAGUAAAUAUCAGCACAAAAACCUGCUCAUCCUCUAUGAUGCCAUUGGCACUCUGGCUGACUCUGUGGGCCACCACCUCAACAAACCAGAAUAUAUUCAGAUGCUGAUGCCUCCAUUGAUUCAAAAAUGGAAUCAGCUAAAAGAUGAAGAUAAAGACCUCUUUCCGCUAUUGGAGUGUCUCUCAUCUGUAGCCACUGCCCUGCAGAGCGGCUUCCUGCCAUACUGUGAACCUGUCUACCAGCGCUGUGUUAACCUGGUCCAGAAAACACUCGCCCAGGCCAUGCUCCACCAGACUCAGCCUGAGUUCUGUGAAGCUCCUGAUAAAGAUUUCAUGAUUGUUGCUCUGGAUCUGCUCAGUGGAUUAGCAGAGGGUCUUGGUGGGAACAUUGAACAGCUGGUUGCCCGCAGCAACAUUCUCACUCUCAUGUACCAGUGCAUGCAGGAUAAAAUGCCAGAGGUACGGCAGAGUUCAUUUGCACUGUUGGGAGAUUUGACCAAAGCCUGUUUCCAGCAUGUCAAACCUUGCAUUGCUAAUUUCAUGCCUAUCUUAGGCACAAACCUGAACCCAGAAUUGAUAUCGGUAUGCAACAAUGCAACGUGGGCCAUUGGAGAAAUAUCCAUUCAAAUGGGUUCAGAGAUGCAGCCAUACGUUCCAAUAGUUUUACAACAGCUGGUGGAGAUUAUUAAUAGACCCAACACACCCAAGACUCUGCUGGAGAACACAGCAAUAACAAUUGGUCGUCUUGGUUACGUUUGUCCUCAAGAGGUGGCACCCAUGCUACAGCAGUUUAUAAGACCCUGGUGCACCUCUCUACGCAAUAUAAGAGACAAUGAAGAAAAAGACUCUGCCUUUCGAGGAAUUUGCACCAUGAUCACAGUCAACCCUGGUGGUGUGGUGCAGGACUUCAUAUUUUUCUGUGAUGCUGUAGCAUCCUGGAUGAACCCAAAAGAUGAUCUUCGAGAAAUGUUCUAUAAGAUCUUGCAUGGGUUUAAGAACCAGGUUGGAGAUGAGAAUUGGAAACGCUUUUCUGACCAGUUUCCCCUUCCACUCAAAGAAAGACUUACAGCCUUUUAUGGGGUGUAGAUGUUCCUGGGUUGAAGAGCUCAUUCACUAUGGGAGAGGAUGGAAACCUCUAGUACCCAGAGCAUUUGUUGUCCUUUACCUGGGGGGGAAGGUUGGUCUAGCAGGGGUGGGAAACAUACGGCCCACUGUACCCAUCUAGACGGGGUGGGAGGGAGGUUUUAGCUGUGGUGCUAGUUGAUGAAACCACACCAAGCCAAACCAAAACAGGGAAGAAAGCUUUUUCAUCAUGUCAUAACAAUCAGCCAUGAGGGUGAAAACAAAAUACAUUGUUAGCAUUCAUUCAUCAGGGCACUUAAUGUAAGAGGACAUCCAGGGGACAAAAGACAACGCAACACAAGUAUAUGUGUAAACUCUAAUUUUGCACUCCUGGGUCUGACAAAGGUGCCUGGAAAUAAUUAUCUGAAAGCUUGAAAACAACAAGUUUUUGUUUAUUUUCUGGAUUGUACAAUAAAGAGGUUUUAGAGGGGUGGGGUGGAACUUAAAUUUAAAAUGGAUGCUAAGCAUUAGUCCUACGCAUGGGGUGAUAUAGGUUGUAGCUCGACUGCAUGAACAUGCAGACAGUGAUUUUUGUGCAAGAUAUGCACAGCAGUAGACGCCAAAUAUUUAAAGACAGUAAAUGCUAAAAAAGUACCAUAUUUUAGACGCUGUCUAAAAGGUAGCACAACUUCAUAACAUAACCGUAGAAAUGUACGUUGUAAGUCCUCAUAUCAUUGAUAGCAAAAGGGUUUUCAUAUUUGCAAAUUUGUAGGCAGUCAGUGAAGCAAAGAAAAACCUGAAUGUCUGUAUUAUUAUUAUUAUUAUUAUUUGUCUUGGUAAUCAAGCAUGCAUAAAGGAAGGUGGACUUCAUUGUAGCACAGCGCAGUGAAGAGGUUCAAUCGCACUGUGCAUCUCUGUUUAGUGUGAAUGAAUGAUGAGUCUCACUUACUGGGUUAUUGUGUGGUUUGACAUGGAUCCAUGGACCACUAGUGAACCCUGAACACAAAUUUUGUUAAUUUUUAUACAUAGUACAUCAUCGACUUCUUUUUGCUUAGUUUGCUCAGAGCAUGAUUUUGAAACUGCUUGUAAUAUCUGUUUUGAUUGACUGGGUUAAUCUGGAUAUUUAUUUGUUUGAUUUGUGCAUGUUGGUGGCCCAAUGAGCAAUCUAUUUUUCUAACCCCUCAUACAAACUAUUUUAAGUAGUAAUGCAGUUUUCCACCCUUACACAAUAGGCAACAUUUUCCAUCCACAUAAUCGUUUUUGUGGCUAAUUUUAUUUAGGGUAUUAAAAAAAAAAAAAUAAUGUUUUUUACCUCCUGCAUGACAUUCAAAACGUUCCACGUUGUGUUGUGUCAAAUCCUGGACAGUCCAGUGCUUGUGGAGGCAGUAUUUGUGUCCUUCGUGUGCAUAGUAGGAAGCCUUAAAAAUGCCUGAAUGCAUCCCAGAGUGUGAAGAUUUUAGAGGCUACUGUUUAGGUAUUAAGAACUUUGUGGCUCAAGUCACUGCCACUUCUUUCUCAGACUGAGGAGACAUGUUCAUACAUACUGUAUGUGAAACCUCAGAGGUCCUUACAGAAGUAAAACAUUUUAUCUCAAGUAUAAGCUAAGAUCUGGAUUCAAGCCAAUUCUAAGUAUCUUGGGAAGCAGAGAUUGUCAAAUGUGAAAUUAUAUUCUCAUUGUACAGAUGAAGAUCUGCACAUUGAAUUUGGCUCAGACAUGAUUCAAUUCCAAACUUUGACAAAGGAUGUAGGCACAAAAGUGUUUUAUUAUUUUAGAUCUGAACACCAUGGGAUACUGUUGGGUGUUUGUGAGAUUGUGUCAGUGUUGUGCUGGUGUAUUGCUGUGAGGUGUUCCCCCUUCCAACUGUUUUACAAAGGAAUAAAUAAGAGAGGUCAGAGUAAUUCCAUGAUCUUUCUGACGUGUGGAAAAUGGUGAUUUUGGCAGAAAUAAUGAAUGUGUUAAGUGUGUUGUCUUACACAUAUGAUUGCUGCUAUGUGUUGUUAUUUUUACUUGAAUAUUUUAUGUUGUAGAGACCUUGGGAGGUAUGUUUACUGUUGUUGUUUUUUACUGUUUUUAUUCCUUUUGUGUAUGCCUUUCCCCUGGUUCAGUCACAAAUGUUUAAUAAUAAUAGAGAAAUUCACUGUAACCAAUUCUGCUGCUGGUGAAUAUCCUUUCUAAUGGUCAUAUUUUGUCUCCUCGUAAAGGAAUAUAAAGCAUUUUUUAUUAAUAAGGGGAGAUAUAAUAUCAAAUACAAUAAAUAGCUUACUUAAAUUGUGUAGUAAUGCGCAGCUUCACGUGGUAAUAAAAUGAAAGGAACUGGCCCCUAUGUAUGUGAACAGUAGUUACAUACAUUUAAAUGCAGUAUUUACUGUAAUGCCUUGAAGUUAGACUCGAUUUUUUGUUGUGAGGGUGGGGGAAUAUAGCCAUGACACUUUGCACAGUAAUGAAUAUAAUGGUUUUAUAAUUUGUUUCUUUUUUUUCUUUUUGUGAAGUACAAAAUGGAAAAUGUCAAUGUUGUUUCCCACCCCAGACUGCACCAACUGCUGUAUAGUUCUGUGUGGCAAUUAAAAAAAUAAUAAUGAAGUAAACUUUUGCUCAAAAGUUCCUUUUUGUCUUAUCCAAGAGCAAUUUUAUUUAUAAUGAUUUAGAAUUUUUAUUUUAUAAACUGAAUUUCAAGAAAGAUAAAAAUGUAGAAAGUAAUCAUUUUUAGGGGCCACCAAAUAUUUUGGAUCAUGCAAAGAAAAUAUAUUGUACUGUAGAAAUUUUGUAAUGAUAUUUGUAUGACAUUGUUAUGGACUUUUGAGUUUGUUUCACUGCUUGGAUAUGUACAUUGAUAAGAAUAAACCCUUUUCAAAAAU